AGACGAAGAAGAAGAAGAAGAAAACUACAGUCAACAAUAUGGCGGCAAAGCUCGGGGCUUACUUGAAAAAUGUGUGGGAUAAGCAGCCUAUUUUGGUGGUCUCUGGUGUGAUUAUCUUCGCAAGUGUAGUCGUUCCAUUCGUCAGCCCUUAUACAAAAUAUACAGCCAUGAUAAACCAAGCGAUGCCGUACACCUACCCAAUUCCUGUGCGGGAUGACGGAAACAUGCCUGACAUUCCCGCCCAUCCAUCUGACCCUCAAGGAAAAAAUCUGGACUGGCUUAAAGAUUUUUAAUAUGAUUGACCACCUUUGCUUCUCUUGUCCCCUCGAUUGCCACAAUAAAGAUGCAAUUUAAUUCUA